AUGCCAGCCGCAGCAGCUCCUCCUCUUUUUACGACUCCUGGCCUUGAAUUAAUGUCGUACUGUGAAGACAGCGACUUUCGAGCUGAAGGGAAGCCCGAGCCUAACAGUCGCUCACAGUCUCUGGUCUACUAUUCUCAAGAGAAAAAAUGGUGGAUCAGAGUAACUUUUAAGGGCGCGAUUUCCUGUGAUGCCGAACCAGAACAAAUCAAAUCAAAACGCGAACGACGAAAUGAAUUCCAAGACUUUGUGAGGUUGAUUGAUUUUCGAUCGUUGGCUCUUCUAGAUAACACUGUGACUGAAGUGAUCUUGAACGAAGACCCGGAAACAACUGAGCCUGUGAAGCUACAUAACCAACUAGAAGAUACCAAUCGGUUUGCAAAACUCACAAAUCUACGAUUCCAUAUUUGGGAGGACCCAUUAAGAGUGGUUUACCCGCCAUGCCUCCAAUUUCCGUCUUUUCGAGCUAUCAAUGUCGCCGAAUUGAAGGAAGAGGAUGAAAUCACCGACGGAGUAUUCCGUGUUUUUCACAACGGAAAACCAUAUGUUCUCAAGGUAGUCAAUCGGCCCCUUUACCAACCACGCGAUUCAGACGUUAUACAAAGAGAACUUGAGAACCUCGAACAAUUCAAAGGCGUGGUAGGGAUCGUUCAGCUAGCUGGUAUUGCGGUAUUCCCUAAUCCAUACGCGACCUGCCAAAAUGUCGAACAAAUGGUUGUUAACGGGAUUUUAUUGGAGUACUAUAGCGGUGGCUCCUUACAACGUGUUCUAAAUGAAAAGCGUGUUAGGGAAUUCGACUGGGAGCGAUGGGCGAUCCAAAUUGGGAAUGCUUUGGACAUUUUCCACCGCGCAAAGAAAACCCAUAUGGAUAUAAAGCCUUCGAAUAUUGUUCUCGACGACGAUGGCAAUGCGGUCCUUAUUGAUAUAAGCGGUAUCGGUGGAAUAACGCACGAAUGGCGUGCUCCAGAGAUCCGGGAUGAAAUAUCACCCUUUGAUCUUCCAUUCCAAACACGUCAAUUGAAUGAUAUUUGGGCCUAUGGAAAGCUUUUGACAGAGAUUGCGUCAAACGCUGGGAACAGCCCUUUUUCGGGAACUCUCAGGUUGGUUGCAGAUCAUCUUACUGAAGAGUAUGUUCACAACAGGUGGACAUUAUCUCAGGGAAUCUCUCGGUUGAAAGAUUGUCAGUGUGUGGUUUAUUAA